UAUGAAACAUAAUGCUAAACUAUUUCUUGUCCAUAUGCCAAUCAAUAAUAUCUAGUUCGACAUAUUGGAACGAAUUUUUCAUGAGAUAUGUAUAAUUUUGUAGUGGAAUGAACUGACAUUAACUUUGUUUGACAUUUAUAACUACCUAAUUAUAAGGAUUUUUUGUUUUUUAUACCCCUCAUAUCAAUUUUUUUUACCUAUUUCCUUCAAUAAGACUUAUUAUAAAUCUCAUAAAUACUUACUCAUAUUCUUUUCUAUAAAAACAAAAAUAUAGCUUACAAUAAAUGGGUUUUUUUCAAGUAUAGACCUACCUAUCAUUAUUUAUUAGCGUUUUUUUUUUGUACAUAUUAUGAAUUUUUUCUGUAUUGAAAAUGUAUAGAUGGUGUUCCAUUAUUGUCUUGCGAUUGAACUAAGUUUUUACCAUGGUUGUCGAUUUUGCAAUCAUCACUAUUUUCUGCUGUUUAAAAUCUUCAGUAAGUACCUAUUUAUGGUUUUAGGAAGCUCCCCAGAUAAUAACUACUGUAAAAACGUGUUUACAUUAUAACGUAUUGUACAAAUGAGACCAAGCGUGGAAAGCAGGUUAUUACCAUAAUAAUCUAUACAAUCAUAUUUUACGUCCUUAUAAUCCUAUUUAUUUGAGAUAUCUAUUAUAACGUACAACGUUAAAAUCUCAAUUCGUGACUUACGUACAUAGUUAUACUAUGUUUGAACUAUAGAUAUUUAUCAAAUAUAGAAUGUGAUGAUAUUUGGAUCUGCUGUAUAGUAGAUGUCCUGUGUUCCUAUUUUCAAUGAAUACCUAUAUUGCCAUAUCACUGUAAUAGAUGUGGUAAAUUUAAAUUGAAUGUUUCAUCAUUGUUUACGAUGAAAAAUGAUUCUGAGCGGAGAUGGUCCUUAUUUCUAAGAAUAUAUCUGUAUAUAGAAAAGACAAUAAAUGUUUGCGAAUGACUGUCUGUGUCAUUUGAUUGACAUUCCUAACCCGUUCAUCCAAUUGCGAUGAAAUUUAGUACAGAGAUAGAUUAGACCUUGGGAAAGAAUAUAGGCUACAUUUUUCGUGAACAGGGUAAAUAAGAGAUCCAACUAGGAAAUAUUCUCAAACAGGGCUUUUGAGAUUAUUGUUAAUAUUAUUAUUUUUGUUUAUAAAUGGUUGCUAUUUGUUUUGAUAUUAAUAAUAAUUAUUAUUAAUGUGAUAAACCUGUGUAUUUUAGAACAUAAUGUAUUCAGUAUGAACUACGGAUUCAGCGCACCGAUUUUUUGAUAGUUCAGAGUUUAAUUAUACACUCACGUAAGCACCACGCGGGGUCCGUGGUCUAUCUCAAGUAGAUUGCCUAGCUGAGAAUAUACUACUCGCAUAAUCACAAAAACCUAGCAAUAGCAUUUGCCGUGUCAGGUAGUUAGUGUUAUACAUAUAUGACACUAACGCGCUCUGGCUGAUUGUGUCGAAUAAGCAAAAAAUGCUAGGUUAUGUUUUUAUUAAAUUAUAUUUUGUUUUUGUUACGUCCACAUAGUACUAAAAUGUUUGUAAAAAGAAACAUGUUUUCGCUCUUUUGUAUUUUACUGUAAUGAAUUAGUGUUUAUGUAAAAUGUUUCAUUUACUCUUGUUUAUGUGUUUCUAACCACGGUGGUCAGCAAUAUAACAGUGGUGACGAAGAUAAAAAGUAUGAGCUGCAAAAAUUGACACGGCGUUAAGUACACAAGAUUAAAACGGAUAAAAUUAGCAGCACGGCGUGGCGUCGUUAAUCAUUCAUCCAUUAAUUUGCAAAUUCGUUUUUCUGCAAAAAUGACCGGCAGUACCAAGCAAAGUGAGAUUGGUUCCACACUUGAUGGAGUCCACGUGUAUGGUACAAUUGGCGUUUUGUCAGAAUUCAAAACCGACGGGAAACGGACAGUAUACCAGGAACGCAUGGAACAAUAUUUCUUAGCAAAUAUGAUUCCAGAAGAAAGGAAAGUACCAUUUUUAAUUACUUGCUUGGGAGAACAGACAUAUAUCAUGUUGAAAGGGGAAGAGUACGCACGAACAAUUAUGCAACAUUUUAUGCAGACAGUUCGUAUCGAAAAUUUCUAUCUACUUACCGAAAACGUGAUGAAUUUUAAACCCUACGUAAAAAUUACCAAGAGCCAGUGAACGACUGGUAUAUGAAAAUUAAAAAUGCAGCUACACAAUGUCAAUUUGGAACGAACUUAAUUGCAGUCCUCAAAGACGAGUUUUUAAUAGGCUUUGAGAUGGCAUGGUCACUGCGGACCGGCGUCCGAAAUAAGAACGCGUAGAUUUUU